AUGCCAUCCAACCGAGAUCGGACUGACAACGUCGCCCCGAGGCUGACGCCCGCGCCGCCCACGCCGAUGGCGCAGGCAUCCGAGUCGGCCGCGACGGAGUCCUCUGCGCCGUGGCAUCGUGACUGCGGCCAGUGGUGGCAGGACGAAGCGGCGUCUUCGCAGGCCCCCUGGUGUGCUGAUGCAGCUGAGCGCUGGACAUCCUGGUCGCCCUCUUCGAGUUGGGCUGUUUGGCAGGCUCCGCGUGGCGAUCGGGGUUGGGAUGCCGGUCGCGACGACCGCCGCGGCGAUCAGUUGUGGGCGACCAAGCGCUCAGGCGGCGGGCAUGGGUGA